AUGGCCUCGGAAGUACCAUGCUUGGAACUUGGCUCGACCUUUCUUGAGGGGACAUUUGAGAAAUUUAUCAACAAUGAUGGGGAGAUAUGUUUACAAGCUGGGGAAGAAGCAUCUGAAAUUGUGUUAAAAGCUGAAGCAUUUGUCCAUUACACUUAUGUGCGUUCAAAGAAGCAGUUGAUCGUCACAGACAUCCAGGGAGUGGAUUAUCAACUGUGUGAUCCACAAAUUGCAUCCUCUGGUCUAACUGAUCCCAAAGAUGACUCACUAUUUCUCUGUAUCGGUAACUUGUCGACUGAGGCCAUUGGAAACUUCUUUGCCAAUCACAGCUGCAACAAGUUCUGUAUUUUACUGUCUAUUCACUCUGACUAG